AUGUCGCCCAUCCAUCCCUUCGUCUGCGCCUGCGCCGCCGUCUGGCAGCUCUGCAACGCGACCGCGCUCGGCGGCUGGCUCGCCGGCCACGGCCCCCGCUCCCCGCUCGACUGGGCCGGCCGCCUGUACGUCGCCGAGCUCGGCAUGGUCGUCUGGGGCUGGGGCCUGCUCGCCAACAUGUACCACGACGACGACCUGCGCGAGAUACGGCGCGCGGCGGCGAGGCGGCAGCGGCGGGAGCGGGAGGCUGAGGGGAAGGAAGGGGGGGCGGCGACGACGACGACGAUGGAGAAGGAGGGGGUUAAGGGCAAAGGCACUGGUGGCGUGGACAAGGUGUACAUGUUGCCGAAGAACGGGUUGUUUAGGUGGGUGCUGUAUGCGCAUUAUCUGUGCGAGUGGGUUGAGUGGUGCGGGUUUUGGAUGGUCGGCGGCUGGGGCUGCACGCCGGCGAGGAGCUUCGUGCUGAAUGAGAUCGCGACGAUGCUGCCGCGGGCGGUGCAGGGGAAGAGAUGGUACAUUGAGAGGUUUGGGGCGGACAAGGUGGGGAAUAGGAAGGCGGCGAUUCCGGGAAUCCUGUAG